AUGUCUGUUUCCUCGACAUGCUUCUUCUUGCUCUUCGCCCUCAUUUCAUCCACAUCUGCCCUUUUGGGAAUCGGAAGAACCCAAUCUGUUGCUGUUUCUGGACGUCUCAUUUGUAAUGGACAACCGGGAUCUGGAGUCAAACUGAAGCUCUAUGAGAAAGAAUCCACUUUCGAUGUACUCCUCGAGGAAGCUACUUCCGAUUCCAACGGACAAUUCCGUCUGUCUGGAUCCAAAACCGAAAUUUCUACCAUUGAUCCAAAAUUGAACAUCUACCACAAAUGCAACUACAAUGGACUUUGCUACAAAAAGAUCGGAAUCACGAUCCCAGACAACUACGUUUCCUCAGGAAAGACUCCUGGCAAGACAUACGAUAUUGGAACAUUGAACCUCGCCAACCAAUACAGUGGACAAACAACGGAUUGUAUUAAUUAA